AUGGCGAGAAUACUCUCAGGUGGCAUUGGAGAGAAAUUUGGGACGACGAGAAUCCUCCCCUCGACGAUGGAUGGAAAAUACAAUGGUGUAGACGAGGUCAAGUUUCUCAGGUCAUGGGCUUACUACUGGCACGACUUCUCCAAGGAAGCUUUCGCCCGGCUCGCCAAGCUGGGAACCAGGAACAAGGAAAUCGAGUCAUCCGAGACGAGACUGAGGCGGUUGCACCACGGGUGCAUAGGUUCCAGAAUAGCAGUUCAUGGCAUCUUCACCCGGACUGAAGACAGCGGCCAACAGACUACCAUCGACGCGCUGGUGAAACGUGUCGAGGAUCUUGAGGGCAUCUGCACUAAAAACACCAUGGCCGAUCAACAAAAAACCAUCGGCGCCCUGCUGAAGCGGAUUUGGUCAUCUCGAGGACAGCAGGUUGAUAACCUCCACGACACCAACCUCCAACCUGUCCUCACCAAGCAACAGAAAAUCAUCAGGGGCCUGGAGGAACGCCUGGAAGAUCUCGAGGACGAAACCACCGGCCAGACCGUAGCCGAGCAACAAACAGACAUCGGGGAACUGAAGGAAUGUCUGGAAUACCUCGAGGUUAACAGCACCAGCAACACUCUAGCUGCUAAACAAGAGACAGCAAUCGACACUCUCGCUAAAAGGGCUGAGCAGCUCGAGACGUCCAUCAAGAAGUUCUCUGCCUUUGCCUCUGCGGCAUCUACCAUUGAGCUAGCGGUCACUGCUGGAGACGCGGAUGCCCGUUGA